AUGACACAACCGACCUCCCAAAUCCGCGCAACCUACCGCGCUCUCCUCCGCGAAAUCCCCGCUCGGAGCAGAACCCUCGCCAGCCCCUCCCCCCUCCAAACCCGUCUCCGAACACUCUUCCGCUCACAAGAACAACAUCCCUCCACAAACACAAACGAGCCCACAGAAGCAUUUUCAUCCACAUCUACUACGAUCCCCUUCUCGCUCCCAUCCUCAGCAGAAGAGAGCUCCAUUCGCUUCCAGGAGGCGGAGCAAAUGGCCAAAUACGCUCGCGCGCAGCGAACAUACGUGCAGCUUUUGCGGAGAUAUAAUCCCGGUAUGGAUAUGGAUGAUGAGGAGAGGAUUCGUCUUACUGCUAGACGGGUUGGGUUUAAUUUACCUGAGUUGCAUACUGAGGGGAAGGAGUAG